UUUGAUAUAUAAAUUUGAUAAAUAAAUACCAAAGAUUAUUAUAUAUCUACAAUAAUAAUUGAAUAAAAAAAAUUAAAAAAAAAUGCAACAAUCAAGUGAAAAUGUAGUAUGGUUAAAAGCCACAUCAGCAAUAUUUUAUGGUAUAGCAUCAAUGCUAAUAACAUUUGUUAAUAAAAUAGUAUUAACAACAUAUAAUUUUCCAUCAUCACAUGUAUUGGGAAUUGGUCAAAUGUUAUCAACAAUAAUAAUAUUAUGGAUAUGUAAAAAAUUAAAUUAUGUUGAUUAUCCAAAUUUUGAUAAAACAAUAAUAAAUAAAAUAUUUCCAUUACCAUUAAUAUAUAUUGAAAAUAUUGGACAUAGAUUGGCAUCGAAUUUAUCAAAUGGAUAUUUCAAUGAAGAUUUUUCAAAGCAUCAUGUUCAAUUAUCAACUCUUCAAAGAACAAUUCUUGCUGCUGGUUCAGCAGCAGUAUCACUUGUUGAUCCAUUUCGUGGUGAUAUGAUUGCUUGUCUUGGUGAAACAACUGGUAAAUAUUCUCUAAAUUAUUGCUUAGAAAAAAUGAAAUUAUCAGAUGAAGGACAUAAAAUUUUACUGGAAAAACCAAGAAUUAAUACAAAAACAAUUGACAUGACGUAUUUGGAAAAUUUACCUGAUGGUACACUUGGAAAAACUUAUCAUAAUUUUUUAAAAAUAAAUAAUGUCACACCGGAUUCUCGUGAUCAUGUCAAAUUUAUUGAUGACAUUGAAUUGGCAUAUGUUAUGCAACGUUAUCGCGAAGUACAUGAUAUAUUUCAUGCUGUAUUGGUGAUGCCAACAACGAUGCUAGGUGAAGUGACAGUCAAGUGGGUCGAGGCACUCCAGACACGUUUACCAAUGUGCAUUGGUGGUGCAUUGUUUGGUGCUUCUCGUUUGCGUCCAAGGCAAAGACAACUUUACAUAGAUCAUCAUUUACCUUGGGCAAUAAAUACCGGUAAAAAAAGUAAUUUUUUACUAUCAACAUAUUUUGAAAAACGAUGGGAUCAAACUCUUGAUGACUUUCACCGUGAAAUGAAUAUUCAACCAUUAGUUUAAUUAUCUGAAAGAAAAUUGUUUCUAUUUUUUUUUUUUGGGUGAUUGAUAAAUUAACUUACACAUUAUAACAAUUUUUUAUUGAUUGUAACACUGGAAAUAUUAAGAAUAUAAUUUUCAAUGGAAUAAGAUAUAAUCCAUAUUACAAAAUGUGUUUUUUUUUUUUUUUUAUAUUGUAUAUGUGAUUUUCGUUUGUUCGUUUAUUUAAAUAUAUGUUAAAUAUAUAUUAAUAUAGUUUUACGGAUAAAAUCUAUAGACUACAUUUAAAAAUUUUUUUCUUACUAAUUUUGUGGUGCAAUCAAAUAUCUGGUUUAUUUCUACGUGUAUUUUUUUUUCUUUUUUUUUUUGUUUUUUUUCUUGGAAAACUUAAUUCAAAUACUGUUAAGGUUCCAUAUAUAUAUACAAGCUAAAAAUUAAUCAGUUUGUCUUUUUUUUUUUUCCAUCAUUUUCGUAGUAACAAAGUAAAUACUGCAUAACAAACAUCCUCACUUGAAUAGAAUUUUUCUUUUUUUUUUUUCCAUAUGCUAAUUGAGUGAUAUUUUUUUAUUUAAAUCGAUAUAACUCGCCCAAAAUAUUGAUUGUCUUUUAAUUGUCAUUUUG